CCCGCUCGUGUUCCUCUGUUUGUUCGUCAGGAGAGGCAGAGGAGCGGCGCCGCCGGCGACUCAAGCCGACCGCGGCCACUCCGGCGACUCUGACCUCCAGGUUCACAAUGAUCAACCAUACAGUAUGCAAAACAACAUCCUCAAACCAUGUCAGUGGGAAACCGGUCUAUAAGGAAAAAACAAGGCCAAACGCUAAACUGGAAGACCUUCCACAGGAUGUGCUGUGCACCAUUGUAUCAAAGUUGCCUGCUAAAGAGAUUUCAAGAGCUAGUGUCUUAUCAAGCAAUUGGAGAUAUAUCUGCGGUAUUUGCUUCUACAAAUUAUGUUUCACUGGUGCUGCUGGGUGUUCCCGUGACAGUUUUGAAAGAGAUCAGUACUGCCAGUACAUGCAGAAAUUCAUCGAUUAUGUUAAUGUGGUGGUGCAAAAUUGCCAUGCCAAGUUGGUUGAAGAAUUCUAUGUCAAAUUCGAGUUUGAAACGAUGCUGCUUGAUCAUCUAAAUAAUUGGGUUAAUUUUGCGGUAUCAUCACACGCAAAAAGCAUAGCUGUUUAUCUAUGUCCUAUUAUCAAGAGACGUACGGAUGUUGAUCGCUACGUGUUCCCAUUUCACCUUUUGAAUAGUGAAAGCAGCAUGUCUCAUCUACAGUGUAUACAGCUUAGCUUUGUAUCUUUCCGACCACCAUCUGAAUUCAGAGGCUUCCCAAGCCUGAGAAAGCUUGAUUUGGAGUUUGUGGAUAUCACUAUAAAGGAUCUUGAUGUUGUAUUGUCCAAUUGCGGUAAUCUCAAAUGGCUGAGUUUGGUCAGAUGCUUCCUGAAUUGCGAGCUAAAGUUGGAUCAUCUAUUUUCCAGCCUACUACACCUAACAGUUGUCCGCUGUAGGACAACCAGGGUAGAACUCCGUGUUAUGAAGCUCGUUACCUUUGAAUAUGAUGGAGAUUUUGUUCCUAUUGUUCUAAGGCAAGAUUCUAAGUUGGAUAAUGCACAUAUAAGGUUCGACGAGGCAAAUUUCCAAGAUGCUUUCACUGCACUUCUCAAUGGCAUUCCGAGCGUGCAAAAUCUCACUUUAGAAAUUACCUGGCAGCGACUAGAGACGCAAUUUCCAUUGAAUAACGCAGGCAAGUUUUCCCAUCUUAGGGUCUUACAAUUGUUAAUGGGUGUAAGGCUUGAAGAAGUUGACAAGUUUCCCUUCUCCAUUCUGAGGACAGCUCCAUUUAUUGAGAAGUUAGAGAUCCAUUUUGCAGGUGGUGACAAUAGUUGGUUUGUGAAAAAGGGUUCAGGCAGGAAGUACCCUGAGCAAUAUGAAUAUAAUUAUCUGAAGAGUAUGUAUAUGACAGGAUAUAAAGGGGCAAUAGGUCAACUUGAAUUUCUUGUGUAUAUUGUGGAAAAUGCCCCUGCCCUGGAGGUAUUAACUGUUGAGAUGGCUCAACGGCUUUAUAGAGAUCGCUUCUCUGACAUGUAUAAGAAGAUGAAUUUGGCAGAACAACAGCAUGCCUUGAGCGAGGUGCUCUGCAAAAGCAUGCUUUCGUCGAAAGUGAAGCUCUGUGUUAUGUAGUUAGGAGUUAGGACUGCCUUAGACGAAUCAGUCGUGUAUAGGCCGGGUUCUUUUUUUGUAUGUUCGCUUGAAUAAAGGUUAUAGGGCGCACAUGUAGUAUUUGAUGUUGUGAGAAGUAUUUAUGAAUAACUGCUUUGCUCCAUAAAGAAAAGCUAUGCUAUUUUCUUUUUGAGCAGAAGGUUUUCAUUAAAUUCGACAGCAAAAAAAGAGAAGCGAUCAA